UAAUCUCUUUGCUGUUCCGCACUUACUCUCUCUCUCUCUCUCUCUUUCUUUCUUCUUUAGCUCCGUUUCAAGCAACCAUGUUGUCUCUUGUUUCUUACAUUCCAUGUUUCUUCCUCCCCAACACACCACUUUUUUUUCCUUAAAAAUUCCACUCUUUCUUAAUCUAACGUAGUGGUUUUGCUUCUUUCUAAGGGUAGUUCUUCUUCUAGGGGCCCCCCCAUCCUCCCUUCAUUUCUUCAAUUUCACCCUUUCUUUUUUCUCUUUUAUCACCCCACAUAACAUUAUUCAAGUUCAUGUGUAAAAGAUAGGGUUAGGGUUUCUCAAAUCUUAAUUAGGGUUUUAAUUAACUAAUAAUAAUGGAAUUAGCUGGUGGUGAGGAAAAGGAGAUGAGAAUGUCAGGUUAUCAUUCACUUGAUCAAAAUAUAGAUCUUCUCUCACCUGUAUCCGGCGGUGGAGGUGGAAGUGGUGGUGCAGCGCCAGGUGAUGGCACUGCACCACACACCGCUGGAUCUAAUAAAUUUAACAAGGGAACUGCUGCUACAGCAAGAGCAAAGUACCGUGAGUGUCUGAAAAAUCAUGCUGCUAAUAUUGGUGGAAAUGUUACUGAUGGAUGUGGUGAGUUUAUGCCUAGUGGUGGAGAAGGUACACUUGAAGCUUUGAAGUGUGCUGCUUGUAAUUGUCAUCGGAAUUUUCAUAGAAAAGAACAGCCUAAUAAUAAUGCCGGGAUUAUGGUUGUGCAUCCAUUACAGCUACCACAACCACUGCCUUCUCCGAUACCAUCGUUGAAUCAUCACCACCACCAUCACCAUCAACACGGAGGAGGAAGAUCAAUUUGGACUACUAUGCCACCUCAGCCUGUCAAAAUGGCCUUCGGAGGUAGCGGGGGAGGAAGUGGGGCAACAGACUCAUCAAGUGAAGAACUUAAUUUCAAUGCAUAUCAUCAUCAACAAGCAACAUCGGUACCUCCACAACAACCAUUUAUGUUGGCUAAGAAAAGAUUUAGGACAAAAUUUAGUCAAGAACAAAAGGAAAAAAUGUUGGAAUUUGCAGAAAAAUUAGGUUGGAGAAUUCCAAGAGAAGAUGAUACUGAAGUACAAAGAUUCUGCUCACAAGUUGGAGUCAAGAGACAGGUUUUUAAGGUUUGGAUGCAUAAUAAUAAGAAUCCUUCAUCUGCUAAAAAAAACAUAAUACAAGAAGAUCAACCUUAAUUAAUUUUAUUU